ACUUGCGGCUGUCAAACAAACUGUCAGUGGAAUGCGCAACACAACACAAACAACAUUGCUGUGCACAGAAUUUGGAAGCAACAAAAAAAACCCCGCUGGUCCGGUUAAACAAAAUCGUGAAUCGGAUGAAACCGUUCGUGGUGAUACGGAAGCACGAAAAUCAAGAUAAUGUUGCGUUGCAGCGUCUUAUUCGCGAGUUCGUCAUGUCGGGCGCAUGGGAAGCGUUUGUAUCGUGCUUGUUCCGCGAGAUCACCCUGCAGCUGAUCGUGCUCGGUUGGGCGUUAAUGUUCAUCUUUUUCGGCAUCCCGCUGUACAUGUGCGCUCUGGCGAUACCGUGCGUCAUACUGCUGAUAUGGUUCACCGUCUACGGGAGCUACUACAACAAAUCGACCGAGCUGGCACUGCGCCCGUCCAAGCUGUGCUGGGUGGCGGAGAUUUACGAGCCGCUGCUAGCGAUGAACGCCAAAGCCCAGGCGGCCAACAUCGAACGGUGCUACACCGACCGGCCGGGCCCCGAAGUCCAGCAGGAGCUGGGCAAGAUGAGGAAGAACAUUAUCGGUACGAUCAGCUGCCGCAACCAUCUGGCAAUGGACAAUGCGGGAUUCAUUACGCGCCUCGCCGUCAGCCCCAAGUAUGGGCUGACGCCGGUGACCGAGUACCUGAUCCAGCGCGUGCUGCAGUACGCGUCGGACAGUCAGCUGUACGCGAUCGAGACGGUCACCUCCGAGUGCGAUCAGGAUGUGCGGGAAAUUUACUUGAAAAUUGGGUUCAACAUACGCCAGGUGUACCACAAACAGAUUAUCAUUGGCAACACGUUGAAGGUGAUGAAAUCUCAGCUCGGCAUCGAUCUGCACGAGUGGAAUCAAAAUCGGGAAGAGAUUAACGUCGAAGUGCCCGUGGAAUAA